AUGAUCAGAACCUCCGUUCUAACACUACUGCUUGCUGCAGCGAUUACGCACGGUGCAAUAAAUUGCCCGAGCAAAGAUGGCCAGUACGAGGACCCGAAACAAUGCGACAAAUUCUACGAGUGCGCGGACGGCAUUGCAACGGAGAAACUUUGUCCAGAUGGACUCGUUUUCGAUCCUCUGAAUCGUAAAGUCAACAAGUGCGAUCACGUAUUCAACGUGGACUGCGGAGAUCGGCUCGAACUACAGCCGCCUCAACCGACGAAGAAGUGUCCGCGACGAAAUGGUUUCUUCGCCCAUCCGGAUCCAUCUGUCUGCAACAUCUUUUACAAUUGUAUCGACGGCGAGGCCAUAGAAAUCACGUGUACCACUGGAUUGCAUUUCGACGAGUACAGCGGAACCUGCGUUUGGCCCGACAGCGCCGGUCGCGAAGGCUGUGGCGUGGUCGAUAAAAAGUUAAAAGACGGAUUCGAGUGUCCGAAGGAAAGUCAGGUCGACACUAGAGGAAUGGUCGUCGAUCACCCUAAAUUUUCUCAUCCGGACGAUUGUCAGAAAUUUUAUGUCUGCCUCAAUGGCGUAACUCCGCGCGAACAAGGCUGCAGCGAUGGCACGGUUUACAACGAGGAGCAACAAAGAUGCGACGCCCCUGAAAAUGUCGCCGGAUGCGAGGAUUGGUACAAGGACGACGACAAAAAGCCAUGA